GAUUGGAUCCAUUUAUCUGCUCCAUAGAUAUUCUGAGGAUAGAUUUGCCUUUUCCUUCUCUUUGUGGUAUUUGAUUUUUUUUCUGCCCCCUGUCAUCUUUCAAAGACAGAGCAAGAAACGGUAGUUCAUCAUUACACCAGCAGUAACUUUUCCCAUAUUUGACACAGAAGUCUAUUUGGAGGACUACCUGAGUCUGUCUGACAUGCUGAUAUCUGGGUAAACGGGUACAAUAUCAUCAUGGAUUGGCAGCAAGUCGUGUUCCUGUGUGUCAUUUUUACAUGCAAGCUCCAGACAACAACAUCCCAAACGCAUGACGAGGUCUGUAUGGGAACACAGAAUGGUCUGAGCUUCACCGGCACUCAGGAGAAUCAGUAUAACCUGAUUAAAGACCGAUAUGCUGGCUGUGAGAUCAUCAUGGGAAACCUGGAGAUCACUCACAUUGAGAGUAACUGGGACUUCUCUUUCCUCAAAACAAUCCGAGAGGUGACUGGCUACGUCCUUAUUGCUAUGAACAAUUUUCAGGAGAUUCCUUUGGGUCAACUACGGGUCAUUAGAGGAAACACUCUGUACGAACGAAAAUUUGCCCUCUCAGUUUUCUUUAACUACCCAAAGGAUGGCUCUAAUGGCCUGCGCCAACUGGGGCUCGCAAAUUUGACAGAGAUUCUGGAGGGAGGGUUGCAGAUUAUCCAUAACAAAUACCUGAACUAUGGUCCCUGGAUCAUGUGGCGAGAUAUUGUACGGGACAACAACGCUCCCAUUGACAUCCAGUACAACGGAGAGAAAGGCCCCUGCCACAAAUCUUGUGCAGAUCACUGCUGGGGUCCAAAUGAGGCCCAGUGUCAGAUCUUGACUAAGAUGGUGUGCGCUCCACAGUGUAACGGCCGCUGUUUCGGAACAAGCCCCAGGGACUGCUGUCACAUAGAGUGUGCAGCAGGAUGCAAAGGCCCCCUGGAUGUGGACUGUUUCGCGUGUCGCCUUUUCAACGACUCUGGAGCCUGCGUGCCCCAGUGUCCCCAGACACUCAUCUACAACAAGCAAACAUUUCAAAUGGAGACCAACCCCAACGCCAAGUACCAGUAUGGCUCAAUCUGUGUUUCACAGUGUCCAGCCAAUUUCGUGGUGGACGGCAGCUCCUGCGUGAGCGUGUGUCCCCAAGACAAGAUGGAGGUGGAGCGGGAGGGUCACAGGCAGUGUGAACUCUGCAGUGGAUUCUGCCCUAAAGUGUGCGAGGGCACCGGUGCAGAGCACAGACAGACUGUGGACUCCAGUAACAUUGACAGCUUCAUCAACUGCACGAAGAUCCAGGGCAGCCUUCACUUCCUGGUCACCGGGAUUCUCGGAGAUGACUUUAAAAACAUCCCACCCCUGGAUGCCAAACAGUUGGAAGUGUUCCGCACUGUGAGGGAAAUAACAGAUAUUCUUAACAUCCAGUCUUGGCCCAGGGAACUGAAUGACCUGUCUGUUUUUUCAAGCCUCAGCACCAUUCAAGGGAGAUCGCUCUUCAAGCGCUUCUCUCUGAUGGUGAUGCACAUCCCCAGCCUUACCUCACUGGGCCUGCGCUCCCUUCGGGAAAUCAGUGACGGCAGCGUGUACAUCAGUCAGAACGCCAACCUCUGUUACCACCACACGGUAAACUGGACACAGCUGUUCAGAGGCCGCCGAGUUCGAGUCAACAAUCUCAACCACAACAGGCCGUUAGCAGAGUGUGUUUCAGAAGGCCACGUGUGCAACGCCCUGUGUUCAGACUCAGGUUGUUGGGGCCCGGGCCCCGACCAGUGUCUCUCCUGUAGGAACUUCAGCCGUGACGGCACAUGUGUGGGCAGCUGUAACUUCCUCUCGGGAUCUCCAAGAGAGUUUGCGAGGUCUGAUGGGGAGUGUGUUGCUUGUCAUGCAGAAUGCAAGUCUCAGAGGGGGGAGAUCAGCUGCACGGGGCCGGGUGCAGAUGAGUGCGUGGCUUGUGCCAAUCUUAGAGAUGGGCCUUACUGCAUGUCUUCCUGCCCGACUGGAGUCAAUGAUGGAGAGAAAGGACUCAUUUUCAAAUUUCCUACCAGGCAGGGUCACUGUGAACCAUGUCACCCCAACUGCACACAGGGAUGCUUUGGCCCAGGAUUAAAUGACUGUUUGGAGACCACUGGACUUGCAGUUAAUAGUGGUCAGAUCACAGGGAUAGCUUUAGGGAUCCCAGCUGGCUUGAUUUUCUGCCUGGCGUUGUUUUUCCUGGGAGUGCUGUACCAUCGAGGCCUUGCCAUCCGUCACAAGAGAGCCAUGAGGAGAUACCUCGAAAGUGGAGAGAGCUUUGAGCCCCUGGGCCCUGGAGAGAAAGGCACCAAAGUUCAUGCCCGCAUUCUGAGGCCCUCGGAGCUGAAAAAAAUCAAAGUGCUCGGCUUUGGUGUUUUUGGCACAGUGCACAAGGGUUUUUGGACUCCAGAAAGAGAGACGGUAAAAAUCCCCGUUGCCAUUAAGACCAUCCAGGACAGCUCAGGCCGGCAGACCUUCACUGAAAUCACUGAUCACAUGCUUUCCAUGGGCAGCCUGGAUCAUCCCUACAUUGUCAGGCUACUGGGCAUCUGUCCAGGUGCCAGUCUGCAACUGGUCACCCAGUUCAGAUCUCAGGGCUCCUUACUGGACCACAUAAGGCAGCAUAAGAACAGCCUCAACCCGCAGCGCCUCCUGAACUGGUGUGUGCAGAUUGCUAAGGGUAUGUUCUAUCUGGAGGAGCACUGCAUGGUCCAUAGGAACCUGGCCGCCCGCAACAUCUUGCUAAAGAAUGACUAUCAGGUCCAGAUUUCCGACUACGGAGUGGCAGACCUCCUCUUCCCCGAUGACAAGAAAUACGUCUACACGGACACUAAGACGCCCAUAAAGUGGAUGGCACUCGAAAGCAUCUUGUUCCGAAGAUAUACUCAUCAAAGCGAUGUUUGGAGCUAUGGGGUGACGGUGUGGGAGAUGAUGUCGUUUGGGGCGGAGCCGUAUGCGUUCGUGCAGCCUCAGGAGGUGCCCGGUCUCCUGGAGAAGGGAGAACGUCUGUCACAGCCUCACAUCUGCACUAUAGAUGUCUACAUGGUGAUGGUUAAAUGUUGGAUGAUUGAUGAAAAUAUAAGACCAACUUUCAAAGAGCUGGCAAGUGACUUUACUCGGAUGGCAAGAGACCCCCCUAGAUACCUCGUCAUCAAGGUGGAAGGAGAAGGUGCUGCUGUGGGUGAAAUCCAUCGAAGAGAAUCAGAACGAGGACUUUUGGAUGCAGAUUUAGAAGACCCAGAUGAGGAAGGAUUAGAGGAUGGUUUGGAUACUCCUCCUCUUCAGCAUUCGCCAUCUUGGAGUCUGCCUUGUUCACUGAUUCAUUCAUACAGGGGCGGCACAUCUCAAGACACACCAGCUGGAUACCUGCCGAUGACCCCAAGCCCUGCAGAUAGCCUCCGCCAGCUGUGGUUUCACAGGUCUCGUCUGAGCUCAGUACGGACGCUGCCCGAGAGGUCGGAGGUCAGAGGGAAUAGCAAGGAGGCAGAAAUGCGUGAUGCAGGUUUGCGGACUGGAAGCCUCCACAGGGCUAAGCUUAGCCCUGACACCCGGAGUAACCUCCGGGUGCCUGUUAGUCGACACAGAAAGCUUUCAACAGUCUCGAGCCCGUCCUCUUACAAGGUGUGGAAGGCAGAUGAAGAGGAGGAGAUGGACAGUUAUGGCUACGUCCUGCCUGGGUCACCUGGAACACCAGAAAGAGUCUCCAGAAAAUCUUGUACUGGCCGAAGGAGCUCAAGAUUUAAGAACAAUCUGGUUACCAGGGUGACAAAUCCCUCCCAGGAAUAUGAGACCAUGGCCACAGAAUCUGGUGCUCCUCCCUGCUCUGAGAGUGGCAUAUCGUUACAGGGAGACAACACGGCAGUCGCCCUGUGUCACCAGGUUUCUCUAUUAACUUCCCCAACCCACGGGGCUGUGUCAUCCACAGAGAACAAAGCACACGAGGAAACUCCAAACUCAGCUGUAAAACACAAUCAAGUACCUGAAUUCUGUGAAAGGGCGGUACCAGAGCAAAGAGAUUCUAAAGACAGGCAUCAGCUCACCAGUGAGUCCAUAACCGAGCAAGCACAAACAGCCCAGGGGAUUUGCAGGUAUGAAUACAUGGACAUCAGGCAUUCUGACUCCCCUGAGGACGCUGUCCCUGAAAGGAAGACAUGUGGGAGUCAAACAUCUGCAGCCACUGCAACAGAGACGGAGGACCCGGAGCAAAAUGCGAGGGUGUUGAAAAAGGAGCCCGAGGAGGAAGAAGAAAGUAAGAAAUGCCACAAAACUGAUAAACAAACUGCCCUGCAUGGGGAUCUGAGCAGUGUAGUUACGACUGAGCCAGAUGUGCCGACAGCUGGGGUUGGUGACGUGGAGGAGUAUGAGGAGAUAACUGAAUCUGAAGUGGAGGCUGAAACCUGGGGCCACACAGAAUAUGAGAACUUCCCAGUGAAGGGGAGGGCCGCUCCUGAGGAGAUGGGCAGAGGCAGGUGUGGAGCGAUCGGGGAAUACAUCAAUGUUUGCACCGGCAUAGGAGAGCCGGGCGGAGGCGGGAUCGUGGUGCGUCGGGUGAAGUCGGGCGGGUCGGUGCACGGCGCGGAGCAGCGUGGUUCAUCCUGUGACUGA